CGAUCUCCCUCUUCCCCACGUCGCUUCCCGAGCCCAAAAGGACCAAAGCCGAUCCAGCCAUCACCACCAUCACCACCAUCACCACAGAGUCGCUGAUACUAUGGACUUUCAGAAUCGAGUCGGCAGCAAGGCCGGAUCCGGUGGUGUAGCCGGAUACAGCGAGUCCAAUGUCGAUCGCAGAGAGCGGCUACGCAAGCUGGCCCUGGAGACCAUCGAUCUUUCAAAGGACCCGUACUUUAUGCGAAACCAUCUUGGCUCUUACGAGUGCAAGCUGUGUUUAACCCUCCACAACAACGAAGGCUCGUACCUGGCGCACACGCAGGGCAAGAAGCAUCAGACCAACCUCGCUCGGCGAGCGGCUCGGGAUGCCAAGGAUACCACCAACGUCCAGUCGCGAGAGGCUCUCGAGAGCGGUGCUGGCUCGGUCGCGCGGGUCGCUCCCAAGAAGAUUGCCAUCAAGAUCGGGCGGCCAGGAUACAAGGUCACCAAGGUUCGAGAUCCGGCGACCCGGCAGUUGGGACUCUUGUUCCAGAUCCAGUAUCCCGACAUUGGCCAGGAUGUCCAGCCCCGACACCGAUUCAUGUCCGCAUACGAGCAAAAGGUGGAGGCGCCCUCGAAGCACUUCCACUAUCUGGUCUUUGCGGCCGAGCCUUACGAAUCCAUCGCUUUCAAGGUGCAGAGCCGCGAGAUCGACAAGGGUGACGGGAAGUUUUGGACGCACUGGGAUCCCGACACCAAGCAGUUCCACCUGCAAUUCUUCUUCAAGCACGAGCGGCCCCAGCAGCAACACCCCCAAUUUGCUGGAAUGGGCAUGUCCGGAUACGGCGGAUUCCAGCGCACGGCGCUGCUGCCGCGCAUGACUGGUGCAAACGCCAUGCCUCUUGGGAUGUAAGGAUCCGAGGCCAUGCAGGCAGCGCCCCGAGUUUUCGCCGGCUGGUCAAGGCGCAAUAGAGGAAGCAGACCAAGCGGAGACAAUCAACGGAAUGGAUAUGCCUGUGCUUGGCAGCACGGUGGUGGGGCUGAGGCCAAUCGAUGCCCCGUGCCUGUGCAUCCACAGAGAUCCAAAUGUGAUCCGCAUGAGCCCCGACGAAUGGACGGAACAAAUAAAUGGCAUGACCCCUCGCCAAGCGAGCUGCGAU